GUUAUAACCAUAAUCUCUUGCCUCUUAAAUUUGUUUACCCUAUUAAAUUUGUUGUUUGUCGAGACCGAUAUCUACCUUCAGCAAUUUGCUUUCUAUUUAUUUUCUAAAACUCAAAAAAAAUUAAGAAAUCCGAAUAAUCUAAGCCUUAACCCAAUAACCGAAUGCCUCAACUCUACUUAGGAGAAAAUUGCGAGUCAACCUUUAGCCUUUAUUCAAAUCCAAAACGCCGGCUGAUUCCAGAAAAUUAUCUACUCAGUCACGACUUCAUCCUGCGUUUACUUUUUAAAAUUAUGAAAAAAGUCAAAACCAACAUUUCACUGCAUCAUUCAUCAUCAUUGCCCUCUCAACAAUGGUCGUUAAUACGCCUCAACCGUUUUCUCCUUCUCCCUCUACAUCCUUAGCACCUCUGUAACCUUCUGGUUUUUGAUUACACGUCUUAAUGUCACCAGGUAGAUCACAGUUCCGGCGAACAGAGAGGAGUUGGGCUACGCUCUGUUGUUCUCCGGUUUCUUCGUCGUGCUUGCAGCUCUAUCCUGCUCGUCUUCUUCUCCGUAAAUGGUUUAACAUUCCAAACACUGAAUCAGAUCUUGCCCCUGAAAGUGACGAUGAAGAUCAAGAAGACAAUGAUUGUGCUGACGAUUCUGAAUCCGAAGGAAUCGAAGAAGAAGGUCUUCUUGACAGUGAUGAUGCACAACCAGAGCUGAGAAGAAGGAACUCAGAAACGUUUAGGAAUCAGUAUAUGGACACCAAAUCAGUCAGAAUCUGUGUUGGGACUUGGAAUGUUGGUGGAAGAGUUCCACCAAAGGACUUGGAUAUUGAUGGUUGGGUAGAUACCAUUGAACCUGCAGACAUAUAUGUUCUUGGUCUUCAGGAAAUUGUUCCACUGAAUGCUGGAAACAUUUUUGGUGUUGAAGAUGACAAGCCUGUUUCUAAAUGGGAGGAUACCAUACGUGACGCUUUAAACAGGAUAAGACCGAGCAGGUUAAAGAUCAUAAGUUACAGCGAUCCUCCUUCUCCGUCCAAGUUUAAACAAUUCGAAGAGGAGAUCUCUGAUGUUGUAAAAGAUAUGUUUACUUGCAACGUUAUUCAUCCGGUCGAUGAAGAUUUCGAAAUCGAGGACGGUAUUGUAAACACUAAUUACGAUAAGAGAUCAUGCUUGCCGAGACAAGAGUAUCUCCAGAGGCAAUUCUCAUCGCCAAAGACGCUGGACAGGUUAUUGUCAGUGCAGCUUGAUGACACUGGUUCCAAACGUGCCAAGAGUUUAAACCGGUGGUUUAGUUACUCAGAGAGAGUUGGGCUGAGCUGGCCCGAACCUCCGUUGAGAUUGUUAAACCAACAUGUCAGGGAAAGGCGUUGUUCCUACAAGUCUUCAUUGAAGCCGUUUAAGAAUUACAACUCUUUCAAAGCAACCGCAACAUCAGGGAAGAAGACGCCUCUGCUAACUGAUAUAGACUUCAAGCCUCUCAUGAAUGUGAGGAAACCGUCGUAUGUACGGAUCGUGAGCAAACAGAUGGUUGGAGUUUUUUUAACCGUAUGGGUUCGGAGGAGCUUGAGGAAACACAUACGUAAUCUCAGUGUGUCUACUGUUGGUGUUGGCGUUAUGGGUUACAUUGGUAACAAGGGAGCUGUCUCCGUGAGCAUGUCAGUGUAUCAGACACCGUUUUGUUUUGUCUGCACGCAUCUAGCGUCAGGGGAAAAAGAUGGAGAUCAUAGAAAAAGAAACGCUGAUGUAAGCGAUAUUCAUAGAAGAACCCAGUUUCAUCCUCAUUCUCUUAAUGCAACAAGAGUUCCAAGAAGCAUCCGUGAUCAUGAAAGAAUAAUCUGGCUAGGGGAUUUGAAUUAUCGGAUUAACUUAUCGUAUAAGAAGACACAUGAGCUUAUUGCAAGAAAAGAUUGGAAGAAGUUAGCUGAGAAGGACCAGCUUGCAAGAGAAAUGAGACAAGGGCGUGUAUUCGAGGGAUGGUCAGAAGGAAAUCUAGAUUUCCCACCAACUUACAAAUACGCAAUCGAUUCAGAAAUUUACAGAGGAAAAGAUCCCAAGUCAGGGAAACGAACACCAGCCUGGUGUGAUCGCAUUAUAUGGUAUGGGAAAGGAAUGAAGCUUAUGAGUUACAGAAGAAGUGAGAUUAAACUCUCUGAUCACCGGCCGGUCACAGCAACAUUUGUUGUAGAGGUUGAGGUUUUCUCUCCUCGGAAGCUUCAGCGUACGCUCACGCUCACCAACGCAGAGAUUGAUAGCCAUGAAGCUUUUGUACAGGAGUAGCUAUAUACUAAAAUCAGAUCCAUUCACUUCAUUUGUUUUUUUUGUUCGUAAUUGUUUCAUAUCACUUGAUGUCUAUAGAUUAUAUUUGUGACAUGUCUCGUCAAAGAAAUGUAUAUGUUCAAGGUUGUAUGCGUGUCAAUAAUCUUAGUGUGAAAUACACAAUCCUAUUA